GUCUGUACCAGGUGACUUAGCGCUGGUACCGCUCAGGUGCACAGGAGCUCGGUGCGUGAUCAUGUGUGUAAAUUCUCUGUAAACUCUUGCCCUGUGUGAAAAUAAAGACGCGCAUUCACCGAACUGUGGAGCUCGUCGAUCUAGAGAGAGGGAAAGCGCGACAGACAGAGCAGAGGCGAGAGCGAGAGCGGUGUGUGGAAGCAUGGAUUCGUGGGUCCGGUUGAGCGCACAGAGCCAGGCCAAGGACCGACUCUUCAGGACCGCGCAGUAUGCCUGCACUUUGCUCGGAUACACCUUAGCCAAGGGCGGGGCCGGCGGUGAACUGCUGGCCAAGGUGAAGCAGCUGGAGGGGCACCUGAGCCUUGGGAGGAAGUUACUGCGCCUGGGGAACUCGACAGACGCUCUGGAGGCAGCGAAGAGGGCGGUGCACCUAUCAGAUGGAGUCCUGCGGCUCUGCAUCACUGUGGCCCACCUCAACCGUGCCAUGUACUUCGCAUGUGACAACGUGCUGUGGGCUGGUAGGACAGGCCUGCUGCCCAAGCUGGAUCAGGACAAGUGGAGCCAGAGGUCCUUCAGGUAUUACCUGUUUGCCCUCAUCCUCAGCCUCACACGGGAUGCCUAUGAGAUUAGUUUACUGAUGGAACGGGAGUCCCGUGCUGGAGGUGGGGCUGGGAAGAUCUCCGGAGGAAGUCUUCCCAGCUCCUUCCAGGAGAAUGGAGAGCUUCUUCCGAACGCCGUGACAACGGAACGCGCGCCCCUGCUUGGCCCUCUCUCCGCACUUGUGCACCGGCGGCUUCUCCUGCUGGUCACUGUUUUGCGCGCUAACCCGCCGCUUACUCUGGACCUGCUUAAGAACCUGUUAGACAUAUUCAUUCCCUUAGAUCGUCUGGGCCUCUAUCGGACCGGACCGGGCUUUGUGGGCGCCUGUGGCCUCACCUCCUCCAUCCUUGGCCUGCUCACCAUGGUCUACCCUUGGCUCAAGCUUAAGCCCUGAUUUUUGCCUGCUUGUCAUUAUGCUUUCAGGUCCUUCUGUUGGUCAGAAGCAGGAGAUGCUGAGAUUUUAUAGUUUAAAACUGGGGUGGUCAGUGAUACCCUAGUAGAGGUUCUGUGUGUUAUAUAUAAUUUCCCAGCACUCGGUUGAUUCAUUAAAGUAAUUUUUAGGAAGGAAAACUGCACCAUGUGAAAAUCGGCUGACCGUAUAGGCCUCUUAGUUCGAUCGUUCAUCCACAGAUGGAAGAGAGAUAGCGCAACAAUUAACUAAUACCUCCCUUUGGUUCUUACAGUUGAAGCGUAAAGACUUCAUGCUGUAGCUUCAGGUGGGUUUUAAGAGGGACAUGCUAAGUUGUAGGGUUUUUCUCUUGAUCAUGGUGAAUCCUCAACAUGUCACACAGCUCUGUCUCUCAAUCAUCCUUUUUCAUAAGCACCACAGACUGGCCUCUGCUGAAAAAGCAGGGCACUUUUAGUGGCCGGAGGCGAUUUGUAAGAGUGCGAUAAAUUAGGCACUGCCCCUUCCCCCAUAAAUAACUAUGCAGUAUUCCUGCAUUAGCAAAGCCCUUAUUCACCAUGGAUUGCGCCACUUGUACGUCUUCCGUUAAUUUCCUAUUGAAUUCCUUUUCAGCUCUUAAACUUCAUGCUCAGAUUCUCAGAAAAUAACCUGCUUUUCUGGAAUUGAUGGCGAGAGAAGAUUAAACGAUCCAUAAAGCGUGGCACAUGAUGUCUCCGUAAAGAAUGCCUUCCUGUAUCCCACAUGAUGUUUCAAGUGCAACUGUAACAUUUUAAGGCUCGCAUUUUCACGGGACUUUCACAAUGCAACUAAUAUGUACUAAUCGGUGAACUGGAAAGUAGCAGCGUCUGUUAACUGUGGCGUUCAUUUACAUACGGGGACGCAAACGUAUGGUCCUUCAAUAAAAGUUUCUGUUAAAGAAACUAAUAACACAUAAUUUUGUACAUUUUGCAUAAUUCCACUGCUUCCAUACACAUUUAAUACAAGUUUGUUUUAUUCUUUAACAGUAUUAGUCGGAAAGCUGGAUUUUAACAUAAAUCUGAGAAUUAUAAUUGAAAAUAAUUAAAAUGACUUGUCAGAUGUGAAAAAGAAUUGUUACACAAUAACCACAGGAAGGUUUGUGCUUAUGUAAGCUUCUUCCAGGUCUCAUCUGGAUACAAAUGGCCAUUUUCGGACCUGUUUGUAUUGUACAUUUCGCGCUGUACGUAUCUAAACGACUGUAAGUGGGCUGUGCGCUCACAAUACGAAAAAAUGUCAAACAAGUUUUAUUUUUCUUAUAUUUUAAAUCGAAAUGCUUUAUUUGCCCGGCAGAAUCAUUUGGAGUAACUUUUGUGUUUCAUGGUUUUGGACACUUAAUAAACAGUUUCAUGUA